CCCCCGCGCUCCCACUCUCUAACCUCCUCUCCCACCCGAUGGCCCUAGCGAUGCCAACCCCGCUCCAGCUCCGCCUGCACCCGCGCCCGCCCUCCCUCGACUUCACCCACCACCGCCGCCGCCGCCUGCCGCGAAGUGCUGGCUGGUGCCGCUGCUGCGCCGGCGCCGACGCAGACGCGGGGAAGGCGCAGGUGAGGAGGGCGUACCCGUACGACGAGAUCGAGCCGAGGUGGCAGAGGCACUGGGAGGAACACCGCACGUUCCGCACCCCGGACAUCGGCGACGGCCUCGACACCUCCAGGCCCAAGUGCUACAUCCUCGACAUGUUCCCCUACCCUAGUGGAGCUGGGCUGCAUGUCGGACACCCCCUUGGGUACACGGCAACCGACAUCCUGUCGAGGUUCAAGCGCAUGCAAGGCUUCAAUGUGUUGCAUCCCAUGGGAUGGGAUGCAUUUGGUCUUCCUGCUGAGCAGUAUGCUAUCGAGACAGGAACCCACCCUAAGAUUACCACUGAACGAAACAUUGAUCGCUUCCGCUCACAGCUCAAAUCGUUAGGUUUUUCAUAUGACUGGGAUCGUGAAAUUUCCACAACGGAACCAACUUACUACAAAUGGACACAAUGGAUUUUCCUUCAAUUACUGAAAAGAGGACUGGCCUAUCAGGCUGAGGUACCGGUUAAUUGGUGCCCUGCUCUUGGAACUGUUCUGGCGAAUGAAGAAGUAAUAGAUGGUGUCAGUGAACGCGGUGGUCAUCCUGUUAUACGAAAGCCAAUGCGCCAAUGGAUGCUGAGGAUAACAUCUUAUGCUGAUCGACUUCUUGAAGAUUUGGAUGAACUUGAUUGGCCUGAGAGCAUUAAAGAUAUGCAAAGAAACUGGAUAGGGAGAUCAGAAGGAGCUGAGCUUGAAUUCUCAGCUGUGGACAAAGAAGGACAUGAUCUAGGUGCUAAUUUGUUAGUUUACACCACAAGACCUGACACAAUUUUUGGUGCAACGUAUCUUGUUCUGGCACCUGAACAUUCUCUAUUGCCAUCUCUAACAUCUGAGCAACAACGUGUACUUGUAGAGGAAUAUAUAGAACUCGCAGCAAGAAAGAGUGAACUGGAAAGAACUGAUCUUCAGAAGGAAAAAACUGGAGUUUUUAGUGGUUCUUAUGCUAAGAACCCAGCAACUGGGGAGAUAGUUCCAAUAUGGGUGGCAGAUUAUGUUUUAGGAAGCUACGGCACUGGGGCUAUCAUGGCAGUGCCUUCACAUGACUCGCGUGACCAUGAAUUUGCCUUGAAAUACAAACUUCCAAUCAUUAAGGUUGUAAGUCCACUCAAUGGCAAUUGUGACUCCGAGGAGGCAUAUGCAGAUGAUGGUAUCAUGAUAAACUCAUCCAGUUCUUCAUCUGGAUUAAAUAUUGAUGGUAUGCUUUCCAAGGAUGCUGCUUUGAAAGUUACUGAAUGGGUAGAGGCUAAUGGCUUUGGAAAGAAAAAGGUGAACUACAAGCUUCGAGAUUGGCUUUUUGCUAGACAGCGUUAUUGGGGUGAGCCUUUCCCUGUGAUUUACCGUGAUGAUACCAAUGAAAUGGUGCCUCUUCAAGAAAAUCAGUUGCCCUUAACUCUUCCUGAAUUGGAUGACUUCACUCCAACUGGUACUGGAGAGCCCCCUCUGACCAAGGCAACAGAUUGGGUUAAAACCAUCGAUCCUUUAUCUGGCAAGCCUGCAAGGAGAGAAACAAGCACCAUGCCACAAUGGGCUGGAUCAUGCUGGUACUAUUUGAGAUUUAUGGAUCCCCAAAAUGCCAGUAUGUUGGUUGACAAGGCAAAAGAGAGUUAUUGGGGUCCAGUUGACAUCUACGUUGGUGGCGCUGAACAUUCUGUCUUGCAUUUGCUUUAUGCACGAUUUUGGCAUAAGGUUCUGUUUGAUAUUGGCGUAGUUUCCACUAAAGAGCCCUUCAAUUGCCUGAUAAAUCAAGGACUGAUACUAGGAGAAGUUGAAUACACUGCAUAUAGAGACAAUGAAGGGAGAUGGGUUUCUGCAGAUUCUGACUCAAGUUUGAUUGGUUGCUACCAAGAAAAAGUACCUGCAGAUAAGGUCACAAAAGUUGGAGAUCAUUAUGUACUGAAGGAUGAUACAAACAUACGGCUAAAUGCUCGUGCUUAUAAAAUGAGUAAAAGUCGAGGAAAUGUCAUCAACCCAGAUGACGUGGUUUCAGAAUAUGGUGCUGAUUCUCUCCGCUUAUAUGAAAUGUUCAUGGGACCACUGAGAGAUUCAAAAACAUGGAGCACCGGUGGAAUCGAAGGUGUGCAUAGGUUUCUAGGAAGGACAUGGAGGCUCAUAGUUGGUUCACCAUUAUCAGAUGGGUCAUAUGGAGUUGGAACUACAGUUACUGAUGAGGAACCAACCUUGGAUCAGCUCCGAGUUCUUCACAAAUGCAUUGCAAGAGUCACAGAGGAAAUUCAAGAAACAAGAUUUAACACUGCGAUUUCUGCAAUGAUGGAAUUUGUGAAUGCUGCAUACAAGUGGGACGCCCACCCAAAGUCGGUUAUCGAAUCCUUUGUUUUGUUGCUUUCACCUUUUGCACCACACAUGGCUGAGGAGCUUUGGUUUCGCCUUGGACACUCAAGAUCAUUGGCCCAUGAGCAAUUUCCAGAGGCAAAAAUUGAGUACUUGAAAGAAUCAAAGAUUGUGCUUCCAGUGCAAAUCAAUGGGAAGACAAGAGGCACAAUCCUUAUCGACAAAGAGUGCUCUGAGGAUGAUGCAUUCCAAAUAGCAGCCUCGGAUGAGAAACUCUCCAAAUAUUUGACUGAGAAGGGCAUCAGGAAGAGAAUUUAUGUGCCCGGAAGGAUCCUUAAUGUUAUACUAGAUAAACAGAAGGCAAGGACCUGAUUGUUGAUCUUCCUUGAAGGCCUUGCUUAUAGGUGUAGAUAUUAUCGAGGCACUAGAAAUGUGUAAAUUUCUAUUCUUUUGUAGCAUUUGUAGUUGUUGGCAUGCAACUUCUGUGAUACUACUACAUGGGGUCAUAAUUUUCUUUUAAGAUGAAUUUGUUGUCUCACAAUACAACUCACAGGAUGAGAAUCCUUUUUAAGUGAAA